AUGGCGAUCACCGGCUGCGACGUGUGCUCCGACGCUUGCGACAACGAGCCGUUGUGUAUGUCGUACGAGUGCAGCGCGGUGCAGCUCCUGUGCAACCUCAACACGCAGACCUGGCCCGACGGGUACCCGAGCUCGAACGCGGACUACGAGGACUUCGCCUUCUGCGCUGCAACAACAUCAAUGGGCCAGGCGAGUGCUGGAACACCUGCGGCGACGCAGCCGGGCUCUGCUCCAAAUGCGACGGCACGCUGGGCACACCGGGGGCAUGCUGCCAAAAGGGAAAUCGCGGGCGAUGUCGCCAACGCCGGUGCAAUCAACGGCGUCGGCAACAACAUGGCGAUCACCGGCUGCGACGUGUGCUCCGACGCUUGCGACAACGAGCCGUUGUGUAUGUCGUACGAGUGCAGCGCGGUGCAGCUCCUGUGCAACCUCAACACGCAGACCUGGCCCGACGGCAACAACAUGGCGAUCACCGGCUGCGACGUGUGCUCCGACGCUUGCGACAACGAGCCGUUGUGUAUGUCGUACGAGUGCAGCGCGGUGCAGCUCCUGUGCAACCUCAACACGCAGACCUGGCCCGACGGGUACCCGAGCUCGAACGCGGACUACGAGGACUUCGCCUUCUGCGGCUGCAACAACAUCAAUGGGCCAGGCGAGUGCUGGAACACCUGCGGCGACGCAGCCGGGCUCUGCUCCAAAUGCGACGGCACGCUGGGCACACCGGGGGCAUGCUGCCAAAAGGGAAAGUCCGACGAUCCUCCCGAAUGCCUGUGGGUGCCCGACACCAGCUAUUUGUACGAUGGCUACCAUACCUCCUGUGCAACCUCAACACGCAGACCUGGCCCGACGGUCGCGGGCGAUGUCGCCAACGCCGGUGCAAUCAACGGCGUCGGCAACAACAUGGCGAUCACCGGCUGCGACGUGUGCUCCGACGCUUGCGACAACGAGCCGUUGUGUAUGUCGUACGAGUGCAUCGCGGGCGAUGUCGCCAACGCCGGUGCAAUCAACGGCGUCGGCAACAACAUGGCGAUCACCGGCUGCGACGUGUGCUCCGACGCUUGCGACAACGAGCCGUUGUGUAUGUCGUACGAGUGCAGCGCGGUGCAGCUCCUGUGCAACCUCAACACGCAGACCUGGCCCGACGGGUACCCAAGCUCGAACGCGGACUACGAGGACUUCGCCUUCUGCGGCUGCAACAACAUCAAUGGGCCAGGCGAGUGCUGGAACACCUGCGGCGACGCAGCCGGGCUCUGCUCCAAAUGCGACGGCACGCUGGGCACACCGGGGGCAUGCUGCCAAAAGGGAAAGUCCGACGAUCCUCCCGAAUGCCUGUGGGUGCCCAACACCAGCUAUUUGUACGAUGGCUACCAUACCUCCUGUGCAACCUCAACACGCAGACCUGGCCCGACGGUCGCGGGCGAUGUCGCCAACGCCGGUGCAAUCAACGGCGUCGGCAACAACAUGGCGAUCACCGGCUGCGACGUGUGCUCCGACGCUUGCGACAACGAGCCGUUGUGUAUGUCGUACGAGUGCAGCGCGGUGCAGCUCCUGUGCAACCUCAACACGCAGACCUGGCCCGACGGGUACCCGAGCUCGAACGCGGACUACGAGGACUUCGCCUUCUGCGGCUGCAACAACAUCAAUGGGCCAGGCGAGUGCUGGAACACCUGCGGCGACGCAGCCGGGCUCUGCUCCAAAUGCGACGGCACGCUGGGCACACCGGGGGCAUGCUGCCAAAAGGGAAAGUCCGACGAUCCUCCCGAAUGCCUGUGGGUGCCCGACACCAGCUAUUUGUACGAUGGCUACCAUACCUCCUGUGCAACCUCAACACGCAGACCUGGCCCGACGGUCGCGGGCGAUGUCGCCAACGCCGGUGCAAUCAACGGCGUCGGCAACAACAUGGCGAUCACCGGCUGCGACGUGUGCUCCGACGCUUGCGACAACGAGCCGUUGUGUAUGUCGUACGAGUGCAGCGCGGUGCAGCUCCUGUGCAACCUCAACACGCAGACCUGGCCCGACGGGUACCCGAGCUCGAACGCGGACUACGAGGACUUCGCCUUCUGCGGCUGUAACAACAUCAAUGGGCCAGGCGAGUGCUGGAACACCUGCGGCGACGCAGCCGGGCUCUGCUCCAAAUGCGACGGCACGCUGGGCACACCGGGGGCAUGCUGCCAAAAGGGAAAGUCCGACGAUCCUCCCGAAUGCCUGUGGGUGCCCGACACCAGCUAUUUGUACGAUGGCUACCAUACGAUUGCGUGCCCCGAAGACGGCGACACAUAG